AUGAGUUCCAGUGUACCACCUUGGCGUUCUACCGCCCCAGCCGCAAUGUCUAGUGCAUUUCCUCCAGCUGCGGCCCCAGCAUACACUCCAGUCCAAGCGCGUCGUAGCCUCGCUCAUCAUACCAAGCCAACGAAUGGAACGGUUCCUUCUCAGCCCACCCAGUCGGCAUCACCGGAUACAGAAGGUCGGGCGCGAGUGGAGUUCCCACCACCCGUACGCUCGUAUGUGCAACGCUGCUUUGCCCCCGAAAACCAGGUUGCAAGCGUGAGCAUUCCUGAAAUGCAGGAGAAGCUGAGGCACGUCAUUACGGAAGCGGCGCAGAAUAACAAGUUGGGAUUGAUCGACUGGGAAAGGCUACCUUUGCCCCAAACUAUGGUGCAAAAUGAACGCAACAAAAUCCUGGCCAACCCCAGCUCGUCAAACUGGGCGUCCAGUCACCCAGCUUCUCCGGGGGAUGCCACGCGGAAGCGAAAGUCAACUGAUGGCCAUCAUUCGGACACUGGAUCGCCACCAUGGAGAAAAGCUAACCGAAAUCGUUUUGAAGAUCGAGUUACUCACCCCUACCACAGAGAAAAAACCACGCAUAACACUGGACCAGUCUACGGAAACUCUCCCUCUUCUCCUGCAGGAUCGCCAAUGCGUGCUGCCGACGCGGAUCAAGGCCCCGUUGUCGGACGAUGCCAAACAUUGGAGAAGAACUACUUCCGAUUGACCUCUGCUCCCAACCCGGACAGUGUUCGUCCUUUGCCUGUUUUGCAAAAGGCCCUGGAUCUAUUGAAGAGGAAAUGGAAGCAGGAUGGCAACUAUGGUUACAUCUGUGAUCAGUUCAAGUCUUUGCGUCAAGACCUAACGGUCCAGCGCAUCCGAAAUGAAUUCACUGUCGUUGUCUACGAAAUCCACGCGCGCAUCGCCUUGGAAAAAGGGGAUCUUGGUGAGUACAACCAGUGUCAAACCCAGCUACGAGUGCUGUAUGCGCAGCAGCUGGGAGGACACCCGACAGAAUUCAAGGCCUAUCGUAUUCUCUAUUUCAUAUACACGCGGAAUUGGACGGCGAUGAACGACGCACUAGCCGAUGUGACUGCAGAAGAUAAGAAAGACCUGGCGGUCAAGCAUGCCCUGAAUGUGCGCUCUGCCCUUGCACUCGGGAACUACCAUCGUUUCUUCCAGCUGUACCUUGAUACGCCGAAUAUGGGGGCCUACCUCAUGGACAUGUUUGUCGAUCGUGAGCGGUUGAGUGCUCUUGCAACCAUGUGUAGAGCAUACAAACCGGAUGUCAACAUCCGAUUUAUCACAGAAGAGCUUGGAUUCGAGUCCGAUGAGCAGACCGCACGUUUUGUUCUGGACAACUCCUCCGAAGAACUGCUGGAGGAGAGGAACGGCGCCGUAAGGCUGUUGACAGGCAAAGCAGGCUCGCUGUUCGAUCAAGCCAAAGCAGCCGCCCACCGUGUCGUCGAUAUCAAAGGCCAGAUCUAA